AUGGAUCCCGACACUGUGAAGCUGAUGCGGGAGCGCCUCGCGACUGCUAAGUGUGCAGCGCAAGGCUCCUGGAUGCCCUUGGUCAAUAGAGUGGACGAGGUUGACCAGCUCUACGAUGCCUACCUUACUUUGAAGGACGAGGCUGUCCCAGACGAUGCUAGCCUCGGCGACCUCACGGAUGCUCAGCUUCAGCACUACGUCCGACUUCUCCAUGACGCGAUCAAGUCGACCCACCAGGCCGAGGACGCCUGGAACAAGAAUGGCAAGCCAUCAACUGCGAUGAAACACAUCAAUGAACUCAACAUGUUCGAGAUCCAGAUUGUUGCAGCGAGGCUGGUCAAGGCUGUCCACCGGGUGCAGCGUGGAAAGCUUUCAAUCCCAAGUUGGGGCUUGUUGAGCUCGCUGAGAUUGGCAAAGAAAGAUUCUUUUGAUGAUCGGAUGAGCGAUGCUAUCACAUCCUUGACUAGAAGCAAGUCGUUGUGCAAGAAUCUGUUCACCGGACAGUUGACUUGGGAGACGCGAAUUGCUAUGCAGGCGGCUGAGGAGGCGGUAAAGAAGGUUGAGAACGACAAACUCAACGGUCAGCGCAACGACGAGGUCAAGUUUGCGAAGAAGAACAUGCCUGGCAGAAAGCGAGAUGCUGCCACGGCCGAAGUGGACAAUGACGAGAACGACGCGGGCGACGAGGCCACUCCUGCGGCGCCCAAGACCAGGAAGAAGCCUCGACGUGCCAGCACUGCCAAUUACAUCAACAUCAAUACUCCGAAGCGUGGCCGCGCUGCUACUCAGGAGUCAACUCCAGCUGACGGCAUCGCCACUGGCUCGACCCAGGCCUCCCAAACUCCUGUCGAUCUGGCCUCGCCGGCACCAAUUGACAACACUGUGGGUCAGGUUGGCAGUGCUGUAGCCCAAGCUACCAACCAACCAACUCAAGUGGCUGGAAACUACAUCGAUCAGCAAGGCCAGCAGUCCGGCAACCAGCAGUAUCUGUCUUAUGACAACCAGCCGUACCAGUCGUUCGACAACCAGCAGUACCAGCCGCUCGACAACCAGGAGUACGAGAUGUUUGACAACCAGCAGUACGAGACGUUCGACAACCAGCAGUAUCAGCUGUCCAACGAUCACCUGAACCAGCAGAACUACCAGGGGAACUACAACUACACGAACGCCCAGCAGGCCUCAAUGGACCUGCAGCAGCAGCUCAACCUUCCUCAGGCGAACCAGCAGGGCCAGAUGAUAGCAGCUCAACGCAAUGGCGCGCAGAUUCCCCUUCAACGCCAGGUUGUCCAGCGCAAUCACACGGCUGGCCUUCAGCCGAACGGUCAGACCAGCUUCCAUCACAACAACCAGAUGGCAAGCUUCGCUCUAGACGGUCAGCCUUGCUUCGAUAACAACGAUCAGGCGGCUGGUUUCACUUUGGAUGACCAGACCGGUUUUCCUCAGAACGCCUUUGCCCAGCCUUGCUUCCAGCAGAAUGGUCAGGCUGGCUUGCCUCAGAAUGAGCAAUCAGCUGGCAUUCAACAGCAGAACGGUCAGGCUGGCAUCCACCAGAGCGGUCAGGUGAGUGAUUACCAGCACGGUCAAAUGCCUGUCACCCAGUACGGUCCCAUGACUGACGCCCAGCAGUUUUACAACUCGGUCGUUAACAACUACCAUCACUCCCACGCGCCUGGAACCCCUACUGGCCAAUUGCUUCCCAACACCCAGGGCGCGACCAACCAGAUCAUGGGCAAUAACGUCAACCCGAUGACUGAAGCCAGUGCAAUUCAGGCCUCUUCCACGCAGCCCUGUGCUGUCGUUACCACUGCUGCGACUGUCACCUCUGACCCAGCGGCGAGCGGCCCUGACAAUUCAAUUGCAGAGACCCCUCAGACUAUCGACUUGACCGUCUCUCCAGUGCGAGAGGCCCCUCGGACCUCCUCCACUGCUCCCCAGUCCGUCGGCGCCAUUGCAGCACCCGCCACCUCUGACACCGUCGCGACCAGCGCUCUCACUUCAGUUCAAGACGAUCGGGACUCUGCAGAUCGGCGCGCUAUGCAGCCACUUGAUCACUUCAACCACUUUGAUGGCACUUAUGUCGACUACGUCAACGCCGGAAUGGCGGUCGACCCGGCAAUUUCAGGCCCGUUCUCGGAUUACUUGGAGUACGAGAUUUCGGUCGCCAAUCAGAACAAGGAGUAG